UUCACCUCUUUGCUGACUGGAUAAAAACAUGAACUGGCUUUCUGUGCUUUUGCUCCUAAGCUGUCUUCUUCAGGUGGUCUGGAAUCAGCCUGCUCUGGAAACUACUGAAGUAGACAUAGAUGGAGGAAUUGAUCAAGACAUCUUUGACAUCAAUGAAGCUCUAGGACUGCACCUUUUUGAGGGAGACAUCAAACUUGAUGGGGUGCAAGAACGAAACUCCAUCAUUGGUGAUGAAUAUCGCUGGCCCCAUGUCGUCCCCUAUGUCCUUGAUGAUAGCCUGGAAGUUAAUGCGAAGGGAGUCAUCCUCAAGGCUUUUGAACAGUAUCGGCUCAAAACCUGUAUUGACUUCAAACCUUGGGAAGGAGAGGAGAAUUACAUAUCUGUGUUCAAAGGAAGUGGUUGUUGGUCCUCAGUGGGAAACCGGAAGCUGGGCUUGCAGCAGCUCUCAAUUGGAGACAACUGUGACAGGAUUGCAACAGUUGAGCACGAAUUCCUUCAUGCGCUGGGCUUCUGGCAUGAGCAGUCACGGUACGAUCGAGAUGACUACGUGUCCAUCAUCUGGGACAGGAUUCAGACCGGUAGAGAACAUAAUUUCAAUAAAUACGAUGAUAAAACAUCAGACUCUCUGAAUGUUCCCUAUGACUAUACAUCUGUGAUGCACUAUAGCAAAACUGCUUUCAGGAAUGGAACUGAACCAACCAUCGUAACAAACAUACCGUACUUCAUGGAUGUAAUAGGACAGAGGAUGGAUUUCAGUGAUUAUGAUCUUCAGAAACUGAAUCAGCUGUACAAUUGCUCCUCCUCCCUAAGUUUCAUGGACACGUGCAGUUUUGAACUUGAAAAUAUUUGUGGCAUGAUUCAAAGUCCAGAUGAUAACAGUGAUUGGCAACAUUUGUCUCACAUUUCUGCUGGGCCAAAUACUGAUCACACUAAUAUGGGAGAAUGUGAAGAUUCUGGCUAUUUCAUGCAUUUCGACACCAGUGCUGUAGCAGAAGGAAGCACAGCUAUUCUGGAGAGCAGAAUUCUAUAUCCCAAAAGAGGCUUCCAAUGCUUGCAAUUCUAUUUCUAUAAUAGUGGAAGUGAAAGCGACCAGCUCUAUGUCUUGGUCAGGGAGUAUUCUGAUGCCCAUCCAAAUGGUACUUUGAGACUAAUUGAAGAGAUAAAAGGUUCACCUGUGAAUUACUGGCAGCUCCAUCACGUUUCCUUGAAUGUCACGAGUAAAUUCCGGGUUGUGUUUCAAGGUGUGAGAGGAACUGGCUUAUCAAAUGGAGGUCUCUCUAUUGAUGACAUCAACUUGUCAGAAACACAAUGUCCUCACCAUGUCUGGCACAUCAGAAACUUCACAGAUCUCCUCGACACAAGUCCUGCAGGGACAGAAGGAAAAAUAUACAGUCCACCCUUUUACUCUAGUGAAGGAUACGCUUUUCAGGUUGGCUUGUAUGUAAAUGGUACUGCUGAUAACCCACUUAAUUUAGCAAUAUACUUGUACUUGAUUUCUGGAGCAAAUGAUGAUCAUCUGCAGUGGCCCUGCCCAUGGCAGCAAGUUACCAUGAUUCUGCUUGACCAGCAUGCUGAUAUUCGUCAACGGAUGUCAAACCAAAGAAGUGUAACAACAGACCCUCUGGAAUUAUCAGAUUCCUCAUCAAAUUAUUUUUGGGAUAGGCCAGAUAAAGUGGGAUCAAUAGCUUCUUUCCCAAAUGGAACUACAUUCAUGAGAGGUCCAGGACGUGGAACAAAUGCAUUCUUAACUCAUCAGAGACUUAGAAGCCGUGACUUUAUUAAAGAAGGUGGUGCUUAUAUUCUUUUAACAAUGGAAGAUGUAUCACAUCUAGUAUCAGCUCAGCCAAGCGUGUCACCCACCAUUACUGCAGACACUUCUACUGUCAGAUCUACCUCUACUGUCACCACCACUACCACCGAGCCCACCAUCUCCACCAGGUCCACCACUACCACUGAGCCCACCAUCUCCACCAGGCCCACCACUACCACCGAGCCCAUCACCACCAAGCCCACCGUCACCACCAGGCCCACAGAUAGUCCUACUGCUACCAAAACACCCAUCACAACACCCCCUGUGACCCUGACUGAAGAGCCAGAGACGGAUGCACCGGUGGCCUGUCCAGACAACCCUUGUGAAAAUGAUGGUGUCUGCAUUAUUGUAGACAGAGAAGCAGUGUGCAGAUGUCCAGCAGGAAAUAACUGGUGGUACAUGGGGGAAAAAUGUGAAAGGAAAGGCACAACUCAAGAAAAUACCGUAAUAGCUGUUUCUUCAGCCAUAACAGUAUUUGUUGUUAUGCUUAUUGUCACUAUCACAACUGUGGUAUGCCUUAAAAAGAAAUACAGCAAAGAAGAAGGAAAAAAAAAAGAAAAAGUGGAGAGCCUAACUCCUGAAGAAAAUGUAACGUACUUCUGAAGGUAAUGCAAUCAAGCAUCAAAGACAUAAAAUGAACAUCACUGGAAAACCAAAAUUAUGCCAUCAUUCUUUCUGAUACUUUUAUGUCAGCUGUCAUGAUAAAGGUUUGUAAAGUCCGGAAAAUAAU